GUCCUACUUUGGCGAGGAUGACUGGCGGCGGGUAAUACCAGUAAGUCUAGUGUUGUGAUUUGUCCUGCGGACAGAGGUGGCCGGCAUACUGCGGAGGUCACUGGCUGCGGGCCAAUAUGUUAAGAAGAUGGAGAUGCACCUAAUAGCCAGCUACUUAAAGGCGAACGGAAAUUUGGUUUCGAGCGGCCAGGUUAAGCAUAGCUACCUCUUUUGUUGGCUCUCACACAAUCCGCUGAUCUGCAAGGCGGUGCCGUCGUGGCUUGCGUCCGUCGAACAUUUGUCCAAAAACUUAUUGUCCUGCAGAGCUCAGACUUACUGGGGCCCGAAUAAGUGCCUGGACAGACCAAGUUUGGUCGAGAUAUACAGCGAUAAUGAGAUAUUGGUCCAAGUGGUUAUGACGCCCAACGAGGAACUACUCCUGUGCAAAAGCUAAAGAAGGCGCAGCUUAUAAUUCGGGAUAGUAGCAGCAAGCAGUAUGUCAUAUGGUCGGAAUUGCGACACGACCUGGAUGUGCUUUACGGUCUCUACGGCUUCAAUUACACCAUUUAUGUGGUGGAUCAGCGAAAGAAAGUAAGCGAUCUUCAGGUAAUUAAUAAGUUUGAACGGCAAGCUAUUUGUUUUGACUGGCAGCACGAAUGUACUUAGUCAGGGACUGGAAUUGAAUGCAUUUCGAUUCCUUUCGAUGCCAUGUUCUAAUUUUGCUAACCGUCUGGAACCCAAUAUUUACUGAGAACCCCAAAGGGUCACAGCCUAUUGUAGGUGU